AUGGAAAGAAGACCAGAAUUAUCAAAAUCACACCCCCCACAAAAGCAAAAAACAAGAGAUCUACAGUUUACAAAGCACAAAGCUUACUCUUCAUCAAAGAAAGAUACAAAACCAGUUACAACGGAACUAGUAAAAUCGUCGUCGUCCUCUUCCUCAAAAAAGAAAAAAGGCCGCACCAAGGGUGGAGAAUAUGUAAUCCCAGUUCAGACCUCCGUUGCGGUGAAAAUUCCCUGUGAAAUCUUCAUAAAAAUUUGCGAAUUCCUGCCCCCGGCAGCCUUGUUGUCUCUUAGUCGUGUCUGCAGGCUGUAUCGAGGAUUUUUGUACUCUACCACGUCGUCAUUGUCGCAACAAAUGUGGACCACUUCUCGGAUUAAUUUUAUGCGAACGUUGCCAUUACCACCGCCUGAAGGGAUGGAUGAAAUUGCAUAUAUAAAAUUGGCUUUGGUAGAGAGAGGAUGUCAGUUUUGUCAGAGGAAAUCGAAACCAAAAGUAUAUUGGGCUUUCCGUGUUCGCUGUUGUCGAAAAUGUUUGAACUUGAAAACCCAAAAUGAGGAGAUUGUUCGAAAUUCAUCUCAACAUAUACCCGAUGGUCUCGCAACAAGGCUUCCUUACGUAACAUUAGAAGAAACUCGAUAUUUUUGGAAAGAUGACGUGCAGGCUGCCAACUUGGAAUAUAGUCAAAAAUCAUCAGCUUGUGAUCGACAUUUGUUUCUCCACCAACUCACCGAAAAACGAGAUGAGAGAAUGGAAGAUGCAGCUGCGCGUGAAAUUGCUGCUAAACAAGGGAGAUCUGAAGAGAUUGCAGAAAAUAAGAUGAAAUUACUUGGUCUAAUUGAGCGCAUGUCUCAAGAACUAUCUGACGAUGGAAAUCCGAUCUAUCAACUAGAAGUCCUCAAAAAAUGUCCGUCGUACCUCAAAGCUUCUUGCUCUUUAGAUAAGUCUUUGGAUCUCUCAUCAUUAAGACAUGACCUUGAUAAGGAAUAUCAUGGGAUUAUUACCGAAAGUGUGAGAAAGAAAAAACAAAGAAAUUUAUUACAAUUAAUAAUUCGUCUUCGCACGUCUUUGAAAGAAGUAUAUCGUUACGAGCAAUCAAAGAAAUCAACAGCGCGGGACCCGAGUUCCAGAACAAUUCUUGAUAUACCAGCGCCAUCUAUAAAAGAAUACGCCGAUCAUGCUCUUGACAUUUUAUCUCAUGUCACUGGCCAAAAAACUGAUUUAGCCACAGCAUCAAACUAUCGUUUUAUGCAACCUCUUGAUGACUGUGAAAAACUCUUGCGUUUUUGUUCUUCCUACAAUAAUUGUACUUAUGAGUUGAACAGGUGGAAUGAAAAUUUUUUCUUGAAAACCUUGAUUCCAAGACUCUGUCGCGAAGCUGCUUCAAUCGAUCAACAAUAUCAACCUUGUUUCACUGUACGUAAAGCCCUUGCGCAAGGAUGGGCGACACAACGUGUUUUCAAAUGCAGACUAUGUUCAAAUAGGAAGCAAUUUGAUUACGCGGCCAUUAAGCAACACUUGCAAAGUCUACGACAUAAUUUACAAACUUUUGAGGACGAUAAAAUGAUGAAAUUACAUUUAAUGCAUGGUAUAAUGUCCGAUGGCCCUAGUAGCUUCUGGUUGGCUCAUUUACCAAUACCAAAUAUCGUCGAUUCGAAAGAUGUUAUUGUCAAAGUACGAAUCUCUGGUCUUUGCCCCACCGAUACUCAAACAUCUAAAUCGAUAGUCGGUGAUCUCGACAAACGUACUGUAAUGGGACAUCAAUUUGUUGCGGAAAUUUACGAUACCGGCUCUUCUAUUAAAAAUUUCACUAAAGGAGACUUAGUCAUGUGUCCCCCAAAGACAUCUUGCGGCGAGUGUUUCUAUUGCAAACGAGAGAUGACUUUUCACUGCGAAAAAGGACAACUCUUUGGUUGGUCCUCUAAUGGAAAGCGAUUUGAUGGUGGACAAGCAGAAUACGUUCGCGUACCCUACGCCGAAACAUCACUAUUCAAAGUCCCAGAAGGCGUAAGUGAGAAAGAAGCUCUUCUAUUAGCAGAUUUCAUCCCGGUUGGAUUCUAUUGUGCCGAAAAUGCGAUGAAUCAAUUAUCGGAAGAAGAAAAAGCAAAAAGCGUGAUAGUUGUAGUUGGCUGUUCUGCUGUCGGACUUGCCGCUAUUGCAUCGUCUUUCUAUUUGGGUGCCAAAAGAGUAUUUGCAAUCGAUCGAACAUUUGAAAGAUUACAGGUUGCACAUGCCUUUGGUGCUACUAUAAUAGAGGCAGCUACCGAAGACCCAAUAGCUCUAAUAAGAAGAGCUACUGGUGGAAGAGGUGCAGAUGUUGCUCUAGUUGCAGACUUUGAAACGGACAUCGAUCUCUCUCUAAAACUUUUAAGACCUGCUGGCAUUUUAUCAAUCGCCACCAUGAAUUGUCAACCUCCAAUGGACAUGACAUACUCGGAACAGGAUGUGGUCGUCAUAUCAAAACAUUGUCCGAUACGUAAAGUAAUCCCAAAAACUAUUCCUAUGGUUAAAUCGAAAAAGUUUGACUUUGAAAGCAUCAUCACACACAUGCUUCCAUUACGUGAUGCUGAAGAAGCAUACAAAUUGGUUGGCGGUAAUCCGGAUUGCUUGAUGAUGUCUUCUCAAGAGGAACCUUCACCAAAAAUCUUAGCAAAAUCUCUACCAGAGUCUAUACAAUUCCUAGCGCAGAAACCGGAUUCUGCUUCUUCCUCGUCACUUUCGUUAUCACUUUCCGGAUCCUCCACAGAGUCUCUCGCCUCUUCUGUACCAUCUGCCUCCUCAUCACCCGUCAACUCACCGACCAUAAGUAGUUUCGACCACCAAAUCAUCCAACAGCCAGUUGAUGACACGAUAUUAUGGCAUAAACCAAUGUUUACCAUGAGCACGUUGAUCAAAUUGCUUCACACGAUAUCUCGUCAACCGCAAACUUUCCCGUAUGCGCUGCUUAUUCGAAGACUCAAUUUUUCUUUAAUAAGUGAAAAUGUCAGUGAUGCGAUUCUGAAUUUUUUGAAUGGUUGUGAACGAUUAGAAAGGCUUACGCUUGGUGGAUGUAGGCAAUUGACGGAUAUCGGGCUUACCAGAUUGAUAAAUAAAACUGAGGGACUGGUUGCUUUAGAUGUUUCGGAUAUUGAGAAUUUGACCGAUGCUGUUAUCGAGUUAGUGGGGCAAAGAUGUCGUCGAUUGCAAGGACUGAAUGUCAGUCUUUGCAAAAAGAUAACGGAUAAGGGUGUUAUAGCUGUGGCUUCACGAUGUCGAAACUUAAGAAGGAUCAAGUUAAGCGGAUGUGAAAAUAUUACCGACAAUUCUAUUGUCGUUCUCGCUGAAAACUGUCCUCAUUUACUAGAACUUGAUCUUACCAAUUGUAAUCAGAUCACCAAUAAUGCUAUCCAACCAGUACUUGAGAGAUGCACCCAAUUACGAGAACUCCGACUUAACACUUGCACCAACUUGACUGACGAGGCAUUCACCAGAAGCAUGCCUGCCUUCUUUGAACAAUUGCGAAUUCUCGACUUGACUUCUUGUGCACUAAUUACUGAUCAGACUCUCUUGAAAAUUGUGUAUAGUGCACCUAAACUACGUAACCUGGGAUUGGCGAAAUGUGUCAAUAUCACGGAUGAAGGUGUAAAUCACAUUACUCGAUUGGGUAAACACUUGCAUUAUCUUCAUCUUGGACAUUGCUCCCGUAUUACGGAUCAUUCCAUCACAAAUUUGGCUCGCCAUUGCACACGUUUACGUUAUCUUGACUUGGCUUGUUGCGUUCAGCUCACUGAUGCUUCUGUUCAUGAACUAUCUCAUCUACCAAAACUAAAGAGAAUUGGAUUGGUUAAAUGUGCCAAUAUUACCGAUUCAGCAAUAUAUGCAUUAAUUGAUCAUCGUGUGGUUGCUCAUACACUUGAACGUGUACAUCUUUCCUAUUGCAUCAAUCUCACUAUAACUGCAGUGCUUGAACUAGUGAAUUGUUGCUACCGGUUAACACACCUUUCACUCACCGGUGUUCCCGCCUUUUUACGAUCAGAUUUACAAAGAUUAUGUCGGCCACCACCGAAAGAAUUCACUCAACAUCAACGUCAAGUGUUUUGCGUCUUUAGCGGGAAAGGUGUUAAAGAAUUACGACAAUACUUGAAUAGCCUGGUCAUCGGUUCAGUUCGACCUCGUAUAGCUGAUGGUGGCCCCGAUGGUACUGAUAAUGAGCUUAUUAUCACAAAUGUGGGUGAAAGUGAUGAUUUAGGGUUGGACGACUUGGAUGCCGAAGGAACUGGUUCUGGCGGCGAAGGAGAUGGUGGUGACCGAGAUGAUGGAGACGGUAAUCGUAACAAUCUUGCAGCUGGUAGUGCAAAUGCAAACGUCGUUGACGACGAUGGAGCAAAUUCUGCUAUGUAUGAUUUACUCGGACUAUAA